CGCAGCCGCGCGCAUGUUUCAAGGGCGCAAACAAGAUCUCAGGUGGCCAUCACCACUUUGCACUUAACUGGCAGGCAUUUCUCAAUCUUCAUAGCCUGUGCCCUCUGUUACGACCAGACCUGUCUCCCUCGCCUGACUUAAAGACGACUUGCCCUCGACCAACACUCUUUGUGACAUAAAGCCGCACCCUUAUGCCCUUUGUGCCACCACCCACCUAGAGGUCCUACACACAUCUAUUUAUCUGAUCGCCCCUCUACACAUCUGUAUUCUGUUCCUCAAUCGCAAGCAUGACUUCCCUGGCGGCGAAGCUGGUAGCAAAGAGGCUAUUCAAGGAGACAAGCGACAACAAACAUGGCCAGGAGGAUCCCUAUUUCGAGACUGUCCCUGCAACCAGGUUGGGAGGAAUGUACAAAACCACCAAGAAGCGGCGCAGGGCACUUCCGCCUGGCCUGACUCCUCAGGAAGAGAAGAUCCUCACAAAAGCCAAGCGGAGAGCAUACCGUAUCGACCUGUCGCUCGGCAGCUUUCUGGGAACACGAUUUGGUUGGGGCGCAGUCAUUGGCUUGGUACCUGGGAUCGGCGAUAUCCUCGAUCUCUUCCUUGCUCUCAUGGUGUACAGGACCUGUUGCUCGGUUGAACCAGAACUGCCGGCUUCGGUCAAGCUGAGAAUGCAAAUCAAUGUUGUGAUUGACUUUGCCAUCGGCUUAGUGCCAUUCUUGGGAGACAUUGCAGAUGCCGCUUACAAAUGCAACACUAAAAACGUCGUCCUGCUCGAAAAAGAGUUGCGGGAGCGUGGCAGAAAGAGGGUUAAAGGCACUCCGGAUGCCAAUGUGGCAGACCCUAGUCUUCCGGAUGAGUUCGACUACCAUUGGCAGAACGAGGAACGUCUGUUGAACCAACAGAACGGACCGCCACCAACAUACACCUCUGCUCAGGGGUCAGGGAGAACCCAUGGGCAGCGGGAAGGAGUCCAUGAUAUCGAGCGAGGGGAGCAGGCUCCACCACCUAUGCCACCUCGGACCCGGGCAAUUUGAGAUGUUUUGUGCAUGAAAGCCCAUUGCGCUGUGAGCGGGCCUUGUAGUUGCGGAGCAAAUGUCGAGUUGAGCGUUGACGCAAAUCAUUGAUAACUCUCCUUCCCUUCGCAUUCUUCUCGUGCUAUAGUUUGUAGAGCUAAGUUUGCCCCUUUCAUAUAGCAUCCACUUUUCAUGGCUGCGUAACGCGACCCGCCCUUCGCAAGACCUCAUUGAAUGGCGUACCAGCGCGACUUCACGACCUAAUAUCAAGCUUCAUUCUGUCACAUCC